AUGUCGCUGGCAAACAAGCCCUGCGUGUUAACCAAAGAAGCAGCGGAUGUGACGGAUAGGUGUUACGGUCUGGGGGGCAUAGCAGACCCUCUACCACGCCUCUUUGAUACUCCGGACCCCCAUAAAGACCAGAACCCUGUAGACUCAUCAGACGAUAGCAGAGAUAUCUCCAGGGGGUUCUUCUAUAUGGUCCGUUGUCUUCAUCUUGUAGAUAAAUAUCGGCAGGGCGGCUUCAUGUUUACUCCAUACUUUAUCACUGAAAACAACAACAGAGGCGGCUGUAGACUUUUUGAGGCCUUAGGCGAAACUCAAUCACAAGGUCUGAGGCCCCCUAACCUGCUCGGUGUGCCCCACAGUUACCUUCUCAUUCUUGCUUUGAAUGCUAUGAAAUCAAUAGCCAUUUCUUUUGGAUUUAUAACACACAUUAUACCUACUGCCCAGAUCUACAUACAGGAGAACAACAGGACGGAGGUCACAGAGUUCCUUCUCUUAGGAUUUCAGGUCAGUUGGGGUUUAAGACUUUUCCUGUUCUGUCUGUUCCUUGUGGUAUAUUGUCUGACAAUAUGUGGGAAUCUUCUGAUCAUCACCCUGGUGUCCACCAGCAAGAACCUCCACACCCCAAUGUACUUCUUCAUCUCACAUCUGUCCAUCAGUGACCUCUUGUUAUCCACAGAUAUUGUCCCCAACAUGCUCCACAUCCUCCUGAAUAAUGGGGGGACCAUGAAUUUUAUUGGUUGUAUGACUCAGUUUUAUUUCUUCAGCACCUUAGAAGGAUGUGAAUGUCUUCUCCUCGCUUUGAUGUCUUAUGACAGAUAUGUGGCCAUCUGUAAUCCUCUCCGUUACUCCUCUAUCAUGACAAGUGGACAUUGUGUUAUACUGACCGUCAUCUGUUGGUUCAUUGGAUUUUUUGGUUCUUUGAUUUGCAUCAUAUCAACAGCAAAGCUAAACUUCUGUGGUCCUAAUGUCAUUGACCAUUUAUUCUGUGACUUUGUUCCCCUACUAGAACUUUCCUGUUCUGACCCCAUCAUUGUCCACUUGGAGAUUUAUGUAUUAAGUAUUCCAGAUGUCUUCAUCCCAACCACCAUCAUUGUAAUGUCUUAUACUUAUAUUGCUCUAACAAUCCUAAGGAUUCCAUCCAAUACCGGUAGACAGAAAGCCUUCUCCACCUGUAGCUCCCACCUCAUUGUGGUCUCCAUAUUCUAUGGGACGUUGUUCAGUGUUUAUAUUGUCCCAACGAAAGGCCGAACACUGACCAUGAGUAAAAUCCUCUCCCUUUUAUAUACUGUGUUUACUCCUUUGGUCAACCCUCUUAUAUACAGUCUGAGGAAUAAAGACAUUAAAAAAGCCGUACAGGAAACACUUCAUAAGUGGGUUGUCUGGUAA